CACUCCGAGGUCGGCGGCGGAAGGCAGAUAGGGGGAGCGGACCGGGGCAAGGUUUCAUGCGGGGCGAUAAAUCAUAACCGACCACUCUCAAAAAUAAAAUAAAACAAUAAUUAAAACCCAACAAACAAACUUACGUAUUUUCGCAGCAAGGGAGCACCUGAAAACACCGUCCCUCCAGAGGUGAAAGAUGUCCUGUCGCCCUGCGGCCGCGGUGCUGCUGGUGCUGUGCGUCGGCGGCGCGGUCAACUGUCUGCCCCGGGUGGCGAGGAGCCGGCGGCAGGCUCCGCAGCACCGCCCGUCAUCUGUCUCCCAAGACGGUUGUAUAGAGAAUGGCCAGUUCUAUGGUGUUGAUGACCAAUGGGAGCGGACAUAUCUGGGAAGUACUCUAGUCUGUACCUGUCAUGGAGUUGCUGGGAUCAAAUGUAAAAGCAAACCUGAAGCAGAGGAGACAUGUUAUGAUAAGAUCAACCAACGCUCCUACACCGUGGGGGAAACCUAUGAGAGGCCCAAAGACGGCAUGAUCUGGGACUGCACUUGUAUCGGCUCAGGGAGGGGCAAGAUUAGCUGCACCAUUGCCAAUCGGUGUCAUGAGGGAGGGGCCUCCUAUAAGAUAGGAGACACCUGGCAAAGACCCCAUGAAACAGGGGGCUACAUGCUGGAGUGUGUCUGUCUGGGAAAUGGAAAAGGGGAGUGGACCUGCAAACCUAUCGCUGAACGUUGCUAUGACAACUCUGCGGGAACAUCGUACGUUGUUGGGGAGACUUGGGAGAAACCCUACCAGGGGUGGAUGGUGGUGGACUGUACCUGUCUGGGAGAGGGGAGUGGUCGCAUCACCUGCACCUCCAGGAACCGUUGCAAUGAUCAGGAGACUUUGUCGUCCUACCGUAUCGGAGACACCUGGACGAAGUCGGACGCCCGCGGUAACUUGCUUCAGUGUCUGUGUACAGGGAAUGGACGAGGGGAGUGGAAGUGUGAGAGACACGCCUCUCUGCACACCACUGGUCUGGGUACCGGCUCACGUGUAAUCACUAAUAUCCAGCCAGCGGUGUAUCAGCCGGUUGCUGGGUCUGAGCAGCCCCAGGAGGGGUCUUGCCGGACAGACACAGGAAUGAGCUACUUCAAUGGCCAGCGCUGGAUCAGGACCCAGGGCACCAAGCAGAUGCUCUGCACCUGUCUGGGCAAUGGAAUCAGCUGUGAAGAAUGGGAUGGACCACCACCGGUGUAUGGUGGUAACUCUGGAGGGCAGCCCUGCGUGUUCCCCUUCGUGUAUAAGGGGAAGACCUACCACUCCUGCAUCUCAGAUGGACGCAGUGACGGACAACUCUGGUGCUCUACCUCUUCUGACUUUGAGGCCGAACAGAAAUAUUCUUUCUGUACAGAGAAGAAUGUGAUGGUGACGACACGAGGUGGUAACUCUAAUGGUGCACUGUGCCAGUUCCCCUUCCUCUACAACGGCAAGAACUACACUGACUGCACAGCUGAUGGCAGGAGAGAUGGCAUGAAGUGGUGCAGCACCACGACCAACUAUGAUGCUGAGCAACACUUUGGGUUCUGCCCUAUGGCUGCACAUGAGGAGGUUUGCACAACCAGCGAGGGGUUGAUGUACCGUGUUGGAGACCAGUGGGACAAACGCCAUGAUGUCUUGGGCCACAUGAUGCGAUGUACCUGUGUUGGCAAUGGACGAGGAGAGUGGAGCUGCAUGGCAUACUCUCAGCUUAAAGAUCAGUGUAUUGUGGAUGGUCUGACCUACGAGGUGAACCAGACCUUCACCAAACAGCACGAGGAAGGCUACAUGAUGAACUGCACCUGCUUUGGGCAGGGCCGCGGCCGCUGGAAGUGUGACGCCAUUGACCAGUGUCAGGAGCCAGAGACCAGAGCCUUUUACCAGAUUGGAGAAUCAUGGGAUAAAGUCAUCCAUGGGAUCAUGUACAAGUGCUACUGCUAUGGCAAUGGCAUCGGAGAGCUCAGCUGUGAGCCUCAGCAGUCCUACCCUGGUGGCAACCGACCUGUUCAGGUGAUCAUAACUGAGUCUGGAAACCAACCCAACUCCCACCCCAUCCAAUGGAAUGCCCCGCCCUCUGCCCAUGUCGCCCAGUACGUCCUCAAGUGGAGACAGAAGGACACCCAUACUCCAUGGAGAGAGGUGUCAAUCCCUGGCCAUCUCAACUCCUAUACCAUCUCUGGUUUGAGGCCAGGUGUUACCUACGAGGGCCAGCUAAUUAGUGUGCUGCAGUUUGGGCGCAGGGAGAUCACACGGUUUGACUUUACCACCACCUAUGGAUCGUUGGCUACAUCAGCAGGGGAGACCACCCCACCCCCACCUGUGGUUGACACCUCCGAGUCAGUGACAGAGAUCACAUCCAGUAGCUUUGUCAUCUCCUGGGUGUCUGCCUCCGACACCGUGUCUGGUUUCAGGGUGGAGUAUGAACUCACAGAGAACGGACAGGCCACAGGAGAGCCCGUGGUGCUAGAUUUGCCUCGUACCACCACUUCAGUGAACAUCAACGAGCUUCUCCCUGGAAGGAAGUACACUGUUAAUGUCUAUGAGGUUACCGACACUGGGGAAGACAACCUCAUCCUCAGCACCUCACAGACCACUGCACCUGACGCCCCCGUCGAGCAUGUGGUGGAAGAGGUAGGAGAGACAUCCAUCCUGAUCAGAUGGGAAAAACCACUGGCUCCUAUCACUGGAUAUCGUGUGGUCUACACACCAUCAGUGGAAGGAGAGAGCACAGAGCUGACCCUUCCUGACACGGCGACCUCGGUGACCCUGAGCGACCUUCGACCUGGGAAGUUGUACAACGUCAGUAUCUAUGCUGUGGAGGACAGCCUGGAGAGUGAGCCUAUCUUUGUACAGAUCAACACAGCAGGAGAACCACUGCCAGAGGAAGUUGUCUCUCCGACAGAACUGCAAUUCUUUGAGGUGUCGGACAAGAAGAUUGUUCUGACUUGGUCCGGCCCGCCCAGCGAUGUGUCAGGCUACAGGGUCACUGUCGCUCCUGUGGACGAAAAUGGAUCACCCCAGAGGGAAAUGACGCUGCCUGUCAGUCAAAAUGCCUACGUGGAAGUGACCCAUCUGCAGCCGGGGAUCGUGUACCGCUUCAGUAUCUAUACAAUCCAUAAUGGAGAGGAGAGCCUGCCAUUGGUGGGAGAACAAGCUACAAAGCCUGAUGCCCCCUCCAACAUCCACUUCACCAAUGUGACUGAGGACAGCGCCGUGAUGCUGUGGUCAGCACCCCGGGCCACUAUCACAGGUUACCGCCUGUUCCUCACCGUAGAGGGCUCCAACCCCAAGCAGCUUCGCUUACCAGCGCGCCUCUCUGAGUACACCCUGCUCAACCUGAGGCCGGACACAGAGUACACUGCCAUGCUUCACGCAGAGCAAGACAACACGCUGAGCGAAGGAGAGAUCGCCAUGUUCACCACCAACUCUCCUAUGGGUAACGCCCCUCAAUUUAACACUGAUGUGACAGACACUUCCAUCGUCAUUUCCUGGACCCCAGUACCCCGCAUUGGAUACAAGCUGACCAUACGCCCCAGUCAGGGUGGGGAGGCCCCCAGAGAUGUGACCUCUGACUCGGGAAGUAUUUUCAUUUCUGGCCUGACCCCCGGGGUGGAGUACACUUACAGCGUCCAGCCAGUCAUCAAUGGCCAAGAGCAGGGCACCCCCUUCACACGCCGCGUUGUGACCCCUCUCUCUCCCCCAACUGACCUCAAUUUGGAGUCGCACCCAGACACAGGAGAACUCACUGUCCAGUGGAGUGGAACCAAGACACCAGAUAUCACAGGCUACAGAGUAACAUGUGCUCCCACCAAUGGACAGCAAGGAAAUAGCGUGGAGGAAUUUGUGCAGGCGGGGGAGAACUCCUGUACCCUGGAAAACAUCAAUCCCGGCGUGGAGUACAACGUGAGUGUGGUGACCGUCAAAGACGACAUGGAGAGCGUCCCCAUUUCAACCACCAUUACACCCGAAGUCCCACAGCUGACAGACCUCAACUUUGUUGAUGUUACCGACACCACCAUCGGCCUGCGCUGGUCACCACUCAACACCACGACCAUCACCGGGUACCGGAUCACGGUGGUGGCAGCUGGUGAGAGCGUGCCCAUCUUUGAGGACCUGGUGGAGCCAACGUCAGGUUAUUAUACAGUGUAUGGCCUGGAGCCCGGUAUUGACUACGACAUCAGCGUGAUCACCAUAACGGAGAACGGCGAGAGCGAGCCCACCACAAUCACCCAACAGACUGCGGUACCAGCUCCCACAGACCUGGGCUUUGGCCAGGUUGUGUCAGACAGUAUGGAAGUAAUCUGGGUCUCUCCUCAUGUACCAAAUCCUGCUGACAUCAACAGCUUUCUCAUCAGGUACCAUCCCAUUGAUGAUGACGACGACAUCACUGAAACCAGUGUAGGAGGCAGGACCAACAAUGUGGUCUUAAGGAACUUGCUGCCUAACACAGAGUAUCUGGUGAGCGUGGUGUGUGUGUAUGAACAGAGAGAAAGCUCACCUGUCAUCGGCACCCAGAGAACAACCCUGGACUCACCGGCGGGCCUGCGCUUCUCUGAGGUCCUCACCAACUCUUUCACAGUCCACUGGGUGGCCCCCCAGAGUCAGAUCACGGGGUACCGCAUCCGCUACCUGAUGGCAAGUGGCGGUAGAGCCAAGGACGAGAGGCUGCCCCCCUCCAGAAGCCACUUCACCCUGACGGGACUGACCCCCGAGACCGAGUACCUGGUGAACAUUUACGCCGUGAGUGGCACACGAGAAAGCCUCCCACUCAGUGGCAAACAGAAGACGAUCUCAGAUGCCCCCACAGACCUUGAGGUGGUAGACUCCUCACCCACAAGCAUCACAGUCCGCUGGGAUGCUCCCUCUGUCACUGUGCGGUACUACAGGAUCACACAUGGAGAGACUGGAGGACACAGUGGUUCCAAGGAGUUCACAGUGCCCGGCACACAGUCCACUGCAACCAUUACCAACCUGAAGCCUGGGACUGACUACACCGUCACUGUUUACGCUGUGACCGGCAGAGGGGACAGCCCCGCGUCAAGUACCCCUAUCUAUGUCACACACAAGACAGACAUUGAGUCUCCUUCACAGAUGGAGGUGACUGACGUGAAGGACAGCAGUAUUACUGUGCGUUGGAGCCCGGCCCAGGGCCCUAUCCAGGGGUACAGGGUGACAGGGGCCCCCAGGAAUGGACAGGGGCCCUCCUUCUCCGAGGUGGUCGCUCCAGACCAGACAGAAAUUACCUUCUCGGGUCUGAUGCCAACAGUAGAGUACAUCCUGAGUGUGUAUGCACUGGGACAAGAUGGAGAGAGUGCGCCAUUGGUGGAGACUGCUCUAACAAAUGUCGACCAUCCCAAGCACCUGACCUUCUCGGACAUCGACUCCUCCUCCCUGCGGAUCACUUGGGACAGUCCCGAGGGAGUCGUGACAUCUUACCGCGUUUUAUACUCCAGCCCAGAGGAGGGUGAGAGAGAGCUGCUCCCUGCACCCAGAGGGGACGCCGAGUCUGCAGUCAUCUACGGCCUGCGACCCGGAAGUGAAUACACGGUGAAGGUCAUUGCCUUGCAUGACGACACUGCCAGCACACCACUAGUCGGAACACAGGCCACAGCCAUCCCAUCCCCAACGAACCUCCAGUUCUCCCAGGUUGGCCCAACCUCCUUCAGUAUGACCUGGGCCGCCCCAGGACAAGCUAACCGGCUCACAGGCCUAUCAGGGCUAACUGGCUACCGUGUGGUGGUAAACCCGAAAAACAAAAGUGGUCCCACCAAAGAGACCAACCUUGCCCCAGACACUACCCAGGCACACAUACAUGGACUCAUGGUUGCGACUACCUAUGAGGUGAAUGUUUAUGCCCUGAAGAAUUCUCUGACCAGCAGACCAGUCCAAGGAGUGGUUACCACACUGGAUAACAUCAGCCCCCCUCGUCGCGUGCGUAUUUCUGAUGUCAAGGACUCUUCCAUCACUCUGACCUGGCGAUCCAAGACAGAAACCAUCUCUGGCUUCCUAGUUGAGGCCACACCUACUUCCUCUACUGGUCACAACCCCAUUCAAAAAACCAUCAGCCCAAGUUCCCGCUCGUACACAAUCACAGGUCUACAGCCAGGCACCACCUAUAAGAUCAACCUCUUCACGCUGAAUGGGAAUGGACGUAGUGCCCCGUUUACACUCACUGCCACUACAACCAAGCCAGUUGUCAUCCCCCCCACCAAUAUCCGCUUUACUUCCCUGACGCCCACUAGUAUCUCUUUCACUUGGGAGUCGUCUCGCAGUCCCGGGAUCACUGGGUAUUACGUCACCUAUGAGGAGGCAGGGGGCUUACCCCGAGAACUCACCCCAAGACCCUUGGGAAGUCAGAGCUAUGCUAUCAUCAAUGGUCUGAAGCCAGGCACAGAGUAUGUCAUUAAGAUUGUUGCUCUGCAGAAUGCAUUAAGAAGCACCCCUCUGGUUGGCAAGGCCAGAACCCAACCAACUCCAGAGCCCCAGGUACUGAUCCCUGAGCUGCCCCAGCUUCCUGUCUCCCACCGACCUAGACCUGACAUUUUGGAUGUCCCAGAGUCCUUUGAUGACAAGAGUUUUACCACCAAUCAUGUCCAUUUGGCUGGUACCGGGGGUCAAAGCCGACCAGGUCAGCAGGGCCAGCACAUCUACACAGAGUACCAGAACCUUGGGCCAAACAAUGGGUUUAACGGACCUCACACUGGACCCAGAGAGGGCCAGAGACCCACUCUAAGAGAACCCCUGGUCUACAUCCCUGUACCAGGCCCUGAUGGAAAUAGAGUGCCUUUGGUCAAAGUGAGUGAGGGUCCUCUACCUGGCCUUCCGUUCGGUUUCCCUGACAAUGAGACGGAGUUGCCUCAGGAAGCACAAACGAUCACAACCAUCUCUUGGCAACCCAUCCCUCAGAGUUCUGAGUAUGUGGUGUCUUGUAAUCCUAUCACAAACCUUGAGGAAAAGGACUUCCAGAUGCGUCUUCCAGGCACCUCCACCAGUGCCACGUUGAUUGGACUGACAUCCGGCGCAUCCUAUAAUGUUGUUGUAGAAGCCGUGAGAGGCGGUGCUAAGGAGAAGAUUCUGGAAGAAGUUGUGACCGUGGGCAAUGCUGUACCAGGUGACCUACCAAUCUCCACCAGUCAUGAUGUGUGUUACGACACAUUCACACAAACCUACCACGAGGUAGGCUCUGAGUGGGAGCGCAUGUCUGAGACGGGCUUCAAGCUGUGGUGCCGCUGCCUGGGCCUGGGCAGUGGCCAUUUUAGGUGUGAUUCAUCCAAGUGGUGCCAUGACAAUGGUAAUAACUACCGUAUUGGUGAGAAGUGGGAUCGCCAUGCUGAGAAUGGCCACAUGAUGAGCUGCACCUGCCUGGGCAAUGGCAAGGGAGAGUUCAAAUGUGAACCGCAUGAGUCCACAUGUUAUGAUGAUGGGAAAAUGUACCAGGUGGGUAACCAGUGGCAGAAGGAAUACCUGGGAGCCAUCUGUACCUGUACCUGCUAUGGAGGACAACAGGGCUGGCGCUGUGAGAACUGUAAGAGACCGGGAGGAAAGACAGAUGUGGAUGUUGACCUUAUGCAGCCCAUUAGCUCCGACGCCUUCGACCGCUACAGAGAGAACGCUCUACGCAAACUGAACAUCCAAUGCCCUAUUGAAUGCUUGAGACCAGAGCUGCUUGCUGAUGCCUACAGCCCCUCGGAGUAGAGAGGAGAGGAGCAGACAAGGUUUAUCAAACAAGAAGACUUCUCACAGUCUUUCCACCGACUCCUGAAGUAGAAGUCCCCCCCCCCCCUAACCCACCGUGCUUUAACAAAGACUUUUCAACCAGUUCUGUGCCUUAAACAAACAAACAAAAAAAGACUUUUCUUCAAAUCGACUCCAUGCCUUUUCUGGGAGCUGUCUGACUCGCCACAUUUGGACCUUCGGCAGUCUUUUAACCUUAACUAGGGUUGUCAGCAUCUCUUUCUCUGCAGUGUAAAUCAGGAUUUCUUGUUUUAGUUUGAAACUAAUUAUAUGCUCAAGCUAUUGAAUCACAAUUACUGCUGCUUUAUCACCCACAGUCUUCCUUUGCUAUCCACAGCUUGUAAAACACACGCAUGCACACACACACUCUCACACAAAAACACACACAGAUACAAAACACACUAAAUGCUGUGAGUACCAGGGUUGUACAUUUUUACUUUCACUUUUUUUUCAGAAUCAACACAUUCCAUGAAAAUUUUCAUUUUAUUCCUUUUUUUAUUUGACGGGGACCACCUUAAAAUGUCAAUAUGAUAUAAUUGCCUGAUAUCCAUCAAGACUUAAAAUCUCCCUCAUUCAUUACCCUUGAUUCCAUCCAUGUGUGUUAUAUUGUCGGCAAGCAACUACAACUGGCUCAGGUGGUUUGAUCCGUGUAUAUAAUCCUGUGGCAUUCCCGCUUGGGUUUCUAUGUCUCACAGUGAAUUCCGAGUGCCUUCCAACCACAUCCCAAGACAUGUCCAUGUCUUCUGGUACAUUUCCAGAUUGUUUUCAUAUGGUGCUUUAAAGACAUUCCAGUCAUGAAAAGAGAGUUUCAUCUCACAGAAAAGUCCACAUUCCAUGUAACUCUGAAAUCAAAGCCAGAGCUAACCAUGAAUUUUAACCAUUAAUGAUGUUUUCUGUGUGACACAUUGACACCUUUUACAGUUACAGUCUGAACUACGACUGACCCUCUGAAAGAUUUAACCAUCACAACCAGCUAUGGACUGUUAUUGAACAAAUCAGUUUUACAUGAAAGAAAUGUUCUCUGUGAACUCUAACAUGAUAAUCAUCCACAAUGACUUCCUAUUUCUCCAACAUGGUCACUGUCCUGCUUUUAUUGAUGACCAGUGCACUCAGUUCAAACCAGUAGUUUUUCUGUUCAAGAUAGGUACACAAGCCAAAAAUGUAAAAAGAAAAAAUAAGCGCUGCUUUAAGAGUUAGUAUUAAAACUUAAAGCCUUGUCCGUAGAAGUACUGGUAGUCACUGUAUAGAUCUGAUCUGUGCUAUGUCUAAUGAGUGCCAGUUAGGAAUGAUGGUUAUGUAAUUUGGGAAUGGCAUCUAAGGAAUCUAAACUAAUGGUAAAGUUGGAUGACAAAAACUUCCACUUUAAAUCUUAUUACCUCUUUUCAAAAAAUGUAAAGGAAAAACUGAUAGUGUCCUGAUGAGAUGCAUCCUAGUGUCAAAAUGUGUAUUUGUAAUGAUUUUAAUGUUAUAUUCCUUUUUUUAUUUAUCCCUUUUUAUCUGAGCAUUUUGUCUGAAUGCUGAUUUAGGGUGUACACUUUGUUGGAUUAACUUGUUUUUAUCAUGUUGGUGCCAAAGUCUGAACUACUGUGGACUGAAUUCUUUUUAAUAAAUUUUGACAAAAACCCA